UGUCCCAUUUAAAAACUAAUGACAGUUGUUAAGAAAACACAAAACUUCUUUGUUUCCUAUUGCUUUAGCACCAGCAGUUUUGGCUAGCUUAUACAAGGAUUUGCGUUAAUUGAAUGAGAGAAUUGUUGGUUUGAAAAACUGUCCGACAAAAGGUGUUAAAUUUCCAUUGAAGUUGGAGGUUGAUGUGCAAUCACCCAUUUACUUGGUUCAAGUUUGGGUUUGGGAGAGGUUCAAAAAUUUGCAACCAAAACCCAAGUUGAUCAACAAUGGAGACCAUGUACUGAUGAGGUGGCAUUUGGUUAAACCCUUGAAAAUUGAUAAUGUGAGGUUGGCAUUAGAUUCAGCUAAGGAUGAUUUUCUUUGGCGCCCAUAUGUUCAAUAUGCCGAUAAGUUUGAAAUGUUUUAUCCAAAUGAUGAAACUUUGGUACCGCUUAAGAAGGAUUUGGAUAAAAAAAAUCUCUCAUUUGUUAUGUCAUUGAGAGUUUCCGAGCUAGUUGGUUUUGAGUCUAUUGAGCAAUAUCUUCCACAUAGAGUUGCUAUGCAAUUUGGAAUGGAUCAAGAUGUUCCAGCUUGUGUGCCUAGAUUCAAUGAGAAUGAAACCAUUGCUUGGAAAAAUUACUGCAGACCCUUAUCUGAUGCAAGUUUAUUCAUUCCAUCUAGAUUUUUUGAUGCCGGUGUUACCACACGUUAUGCAACGUGGUGGAAGAGAAGUGCAGGUUCAUCAACAUGUACAGCUCAUGCUGAGAUUCCACUUGAGUUUCUUCAUCCUAAACUUGUUACUUUUGGAAAGCCUUGUGACUAUAGUUCAAAAGCUAAGGGAGAUGAUAUUGUUGAUGGUGAUGUUGAAGAUGGCUUGAAUUCUGAGAAAAACUCUGUUGAUAUUGUUACCGGCUCUGAUAAUUCUGUUGAAGAUGGUUUGAAUGCUGAGAAAAAUAUGGCUGUUGAUGGUCCUUCUCCUUUGUUAUCUGUUGCUGAGGAUGGUAACCAUGUCUUCGAAGAUGUUCAGUCUAAAGAUGCAGAUCAGAGCAUGGAAGCAAGGCUGUCAAAUGACGAUGUCUGCGAAGCUGAGACUCCAACUGAAAGGUAUAGCUUUUUAUCUGAAGCAAGCAUUGCAGAUCUUGAACAAAGAAUCAGCCAGCUCGAGAUAGCGCAUACAAAACUGAAGACGAAAAGGUUAGGCCUCAGUUGA